CGACUUGUACAUGAGUUUCCAAAACAGUAUGAUUAAUUGACUACACACGGCGUGUUUGUUUCCCCACUACCAAAAUUAUCGCGAAAAAGAGAACGCUCGUUAAUUUUUUUAGUAUCUUCAGUACCACAAUUUGCUCUUUAAGACCCAAUGCGUGCAGUCAAUUAACGGUAAGAGUGAGUGAGCUACCUACUCGUAUAAUUGGAAAUGAAUAAAUUCGGUUUGAUUUGUUUCUACAUAUGCUCGACGGAGAUAUUUGCAUAUCCCGUUAGUAGUGAUCCAAGAUAUGUGUUAGUUCCAAUCAGCCUAUCUAAUUUUAAUCAACAACCAAGAGGUCCACUAGACUUCAUUGGAAACUGGAUUCAAUCGUCAGACUUCUUCCCAUUGGAGCUAAACGUUCCAGACACGUUUUCCUCAAUAGGAAACACAGUCGGAGGCUGGGCGAAUAACGUUGGAAACUUCGCUCAAAAUGUUGGCUCAACGUUCCAAGGUUUUACUCAAAAUGUAGGAUCCGGAAUACAAGGUUUGACUCAAAAUGUAGGAUCCGGAAUACAAGGCUUGACUCAAAAUGUUGGAUCCGGAAUUCAGAGUUUCACUCAAGGUCUUACCCAGAGGGUUCCUUUCUUAGCAGCUAUUGUGCGCCCACCUGGAACAUCAACUCAAAGAUUCGUCGUUUUAAUUCCCGCUCGGGAUUUCGUUGGUUCAAAUACGAUAAAUCAAAAUUUUAAUUCAAAUGAUAAAAUGGACUUUAACAUGAAUCCAGAUUUGAUGGAAAUUUUUCCUUAAUUUGAAAAGCCAAA